AUGCUUGUGACUUUUAAAUCGUUUGUCGGUAUUCUCACUGUAGCCGCGUUUGCUCACGCUGCUCUCUACUCCAACACUACGAAGUUCAAUCAUUCAUGUGCCAUUAAGCCGACGGUUCAGUCCUGUUCGCUCUCUGCCCUGGAUCUGGCCAACCUGGACACUUGCUGCACGGAGACGUACGGAGGCCAAUUGCUUUCGACGCAAUUCUGGGACACAUACACUGGUCGAGAGGAUGAGGGCCAGCUGCUUCCCAAGAAGCACUGGACUCUGCACGGUCUCUGGCCUGACUACUGCAACGGCUCUUACCCCCAGUACUGUGACUUGGAUCGCCAGUAUGACCGUCAGCCUCCGGAGGAAGUGAACGGCCAAAAGGUGAAGCCUUACAGGGGCCCUGGUGUGGACCAGUUCAUUAAGGAAUGGGACCGCUAUGAUCUGCUAGACUGGAUGAACAAGUUCUGGGUGUCCCAGGGUCAGCCGAGCGCGGACUUUUGGGCGCAUGAAUUCAGCAAGCAUGCCACUUGCUACAGCACGUUUGAUGUCCCCUGCUAUGGACCCAAGUACCGCAAGCAUGAGGACAUGAUUGAGUUCUUCGACACUGCUAUCACAUUCUAUCGCCGUUUGCCCACUUACGACUGGCUUGCUGCUGAGGGCAUUGUUCCCAGCAACAAGACACAAUACAGCUUGAAGGACAUCCAGUCUGCUCUGAAGAAGCAUUAUGGUGCGGUGCCUUACCUGGGAUGCUACGGUGAGAAGUACAGCCAAGUCCACGGAUCGAAGAACACAAGUGACCAUGGCUCGACUGAGCUCGCCGAGGUGUGGUACUUUAGCUAUGCAAAUGGACGUCCUCAGGAUGUCAAUGUCACGCACAUUGACUCGGUGACGCCGACCUCGUGUGCUCACACGGAUGGUGCUAUCUGGUACUAUGAGCGCACACCGUCAAGUGAGCGUGAUGUAAGUGGAAAGUAA